AUGUGGCCCACCAACCUCAACCUUCACCUUGACCUCAACCGCUACCCAGGCCAAACCCACGGCGCCCCAUCCUACACCGUCAUGCAAUAUGUCGACCAGUUCAACCCCUUCGCCAUCCAGAACCUCCCUCGCGAUAUCAUCGCUGCUGGGUCCGCGGAGGCCCGCCGCUCUCCGGUCCUGAUGGGCUCGUUGGCCUUGCUCGUUGCGAUCUGCGGAGUCGUCAUCUCUCUGCUGUCGCUCCACGUCGUCAUCAUCCCCAUCUACCGGUACAUGGUCAGGCGGCGCUUCAGCUAUGACAGCGACGAGGACGCCGAACGGGCUUUGCAGCAAGCGCGCGUGGAGGGCCCCUUCAAGUUCAACGGCCUCCAGUAUUGCGGAUACGUGGAGCCAGUACCAGUCCCGAGGCCCGCGACCCGGUCGUCCCAAUACGGCUCCAUCUCCAAACAUACACCGGAGCCGGACCAGGAUAAACAGUCUACUAAAGCGUGUGAGGUGAUCCGACCCGCCGCCAGUGCAGAUUCAAGUUAUAGUACGAUCAUCGAAUACUCUCCCGAAGACUGUACUUGUGGACUUUGUUUGCAAUGUCAAAGACACGCCUAG